AGAGCGAGGCCGGGAAAAUAGGCGAGCGGCGAGGAGGGUCGGGAGAGAACCAUCGGCUCAGUCGGCGGCGCUGGAGGAGACGAGCUGCGAAGAACACGGCCGAAAGGAGCACGAAGCUUGCAGGUGAAAAUGCAGGACACAGGGUGCUGUACUUAAGGGCUUGGUGGUCCAGGUGCACGGGAGCCGUGGGACAGAAGGAUUAUGGCUGAACAGCAGUUCUGCCUACGGUGGAACAACUUCCAGGCCAACAUUGUAUCAUCAUUUGAAGCUCUAUUAGACCGGGAAGAGUUUGUGGACGUAACGCUCACUGCUGAGGGGAAAUCGUUAAAGGCACACAGGGUAUUACUAUCAGCAUGCAGCCCAUAUUUCAGAGACUUGUUCAGGGAUCUCCCUGCUCACCAGCAUCCAGUCAUAGUUUUGCGUGAUACAAGUUUUUUAGAAUUAAAAUCCCUACUGAGCUUCAUAUACCAUGGAGAAGUUAAUGUUUCUCAAGAAAGACUGGGCCUCCUUCUCAAGACUGCUGAGGCUCUCAGAAUCAAAGGACUUGCUCAAGACAAGAGAACUAGUGAUAGUGAACAUUUUGGGAGCCUUAGCAGUAGUCCAGAGAAGGAGCCAGAAGAGGGCCUUGAUAGAGGUGAACGUCGUGGAGGGGGUCCUGGCUCCCCUGCACUCAGUUUGGCGUUCUCUGGGAUAGGCGGGUCCGCACUGGCCCCCAUCAACCCUCUCGUUCCCCUGGAGCCACCAAGCCACAAGCCACCACAUCUGUUACAUUCACCACCAGCAAAGCGACGUAAACCCCUCCAUUCACCUAUUGGAGGACCCCCCAUUAUCACCCCACCCUCACAACGAGAGAAUAAUGUUCCGCAAGCACCACCCAUUACCUCCACUGCCUCACACGAAGAAGAUAACUCUACAGGUAAAGUAAUCAACUUGACGAUGGGUGCAACAAACUCGGGAGGAGGUGGUGGUGGUUCACCAUCUCCCCGACUAGUACCCAAGACGGAAUUGAGCCUAUCUGAGGAAGACGGACCAGGCAGAGGUAGUAGUGGUGGAGGUGGAGGUGGUGGUGGGGGGGACGGCAGUAGUGAUCAUGAGGCAGAAGAGCAACAUGAAGAAGACUCUGCUGACCAUGAUAUGUCAAAUACUUCAGCUCAAGACCUGCACAGCUUACCCCAACACCUCUCAGCAGCAGUACAAAACUUUGUGCCAUAUGCAGCAGCAGCAGCAGCAGCAGGAUCCUCACAGCUGGACACCUUCCCGGGGCCAUCAGGUGAGUACCUAUUUAAUGGUUUUCAACAUUGUCUGUUAAAAAGGAGGGGUUACAAACUCAUGGCCAAGGACUGAAAAACAGCUCUGUAGAUUGUCAGAAAUCCCACAAAAGGUGACAUGAAUUACAGGCCUGUUAGUUAUAAACAUGUCUAAUAUACCUUCUGUAAAGGUGUGUAGUAGUUGACAGAUAUUGAUUAUGUAUUACUGGGGAGUCAGGAAUAUACCUUUCUUAUUCCCCUUAAGAUGGUACCUACAAUGAAGAUCAGCCUU